AUGAAGUUAAAAUUUGUAAUAAACCUCGGAUUCCUAAAUUCUCUUUUGAUCUUACUUCUCUCCACCUCUGUAAAAUGUCAAUCCGUGGAGGACCAGCCGUCUCACUCUGAUUCAUUGUUCCCUUUACUAUCGUCUUAUCGCGAAGACUCAUCUCCAUUUCAUGAUACAUUCGGCUCUUCAUCACCACAUCAAACAAUUCAUUCAAACCCGUUCGCGUUAAUGGACGAACUGUUGGAUUUAUCUAUGGAUGCCACCAAAGAGAUGUUCGAUUCGUUGAAUGAUGAUCUAAGCAUGAUGGGCGAUGACGAGGAGAAUUCUUCGAUCACCACCAUUGAAAUCACCAUCGUUGGAGGACCACCCGCGGAGCAAGAGGAAUCAAAUGACGACGACCUAGAGCAGUAUAUGGGGGCAAAGGACGAAGCUCUAGAAAAUGAUGACGAACAAAUGAUCGCAACAAUACCAUUUCCUUCUUCAUUCGACAAACCCAUUUUAUGUGAUACCACUCAGCAAGGAGAUCUACUUCCGGACAAGAAAGAUUCAUUCGUCGGGCCAAUAAGCGCAGUGCUUUUGGCAUUGUUAGCAUUAUCCGCGGUUACCCCUGUUGCCAUCAAAUUAUUAAAAUGCCGGAAAAAGAAAAGGAAUUAUGAAUAUUUGAUAGUUCAUGCCAAUGAUGAAGAUCAGUAUCAAUCGUGUAAAUUUUCUCGCACGGGAAUAGAUAUAGAUAAUACUCCCAAUGUUACACAAGAAAUAGGUCGUAUUGAUUGUCAAAUUUACAAUUUACAUGUCAUACUCUCGAAAUUAAAAAUGACUAGUCUCACCGAUGCACUUACCAACACCUUAAAUCCCACAACCUCGUCAACACUAACCAUUCGAGUAAUCAAGAACUUUGAAUAUCGUACUGUCAAGAAUUUAGUAUUGCAGCAUGUAAAUCUAGAGAGCACCACCGUUGGAGAGUUAAAAAAUCUUAUCAGAGAAAAAAUUAACACGAUUUCCGGAUUUAAGCCUUUUCGUAAUGUGAAUUAUGAUACGUUAAAACUUUAUACAAAAGCUCACGGUGCAAAGACGCAAAACCUGAUAAUAAACAUUGAACACGAAGAAUGGAUCUUUGGCAAUGAUGAAGAUACCUUAAUCUCAUGUGGUUUAGAGAACGAGUCCGAGGUUUCAUUUUUCAACAGGGAGGCAUAUGAGGCUUAUAAACAGCAUCCUGACGUGAUCAAAUGGGAUUGA